CAGAGAGAAACUCGCCAGAACGCAGCUUCAGGUUCUAUUGAGUAAGCAGUGGAAGAUUCCAGCACAACUGAGUCACCGAGUCGGGACCCUUCGCACUCUUAAGUCGACGGAGGUCCACUCCAGGCACUCAGACACGUAACUCAUUGGCGGCAAUACAGGCAAGUGGAUGGACAAUCCAUGGACAUGCUACGAAGACGCCCGAAACUUCCCUUCUACGAGAAUAUUCCAUUCGAUCGCGUUCCCCGCGUUUCCUUUAUUUCCUCUGCACCUUCCUACACUCUUGCAUAAACCUGUUCCGAGCUGGUGGAUGGGGACACAGCGCGCAACGCGCCUAUUGCUUUCCACCAUCAAUGCACUUCCAAGAGCUCUCUCUCCUUCCUGCAUCAUAGCAUUGCAUCUGCCCUGUCGAAUUCUUGAUUUAGAUUCCUCGAUAGAUCCGCUAGGGAUAUACUGAUCAGGCCGCAGCCGCCAAGAUGGGCUCCUACUACGACGUCGAUGCGAUCCUCACAGAUGCCCAGAAAGUCCCGUGUACCUUCGAGCUGACGGUUCCAGGCUUGGGAUAUGUAGAAGGCAACAUGAGUGGCGAUAUGAAGCAGGGCUCCAAAGUAGAGCUGCCGCUUUGGCUUGGAGAGACGCUAGCUCUCAGUCAAAGCCUGAACACAUCAUCCAUGGUCACCCUCGACCCUCCUUCAGCACUUGCUCCGCGUGUCCUGAAUGCACUAAAAGCUGAUCCGCGGACCGUUGAUCUUCGGGCCCUCGCACCGCAUUUCUAUAAUUUGGGGGCGCGGAUUCUGGAGUUGUUUGAAGAAGAAGAAAUGAUAGAGGUUUUGAGUGAGACAUUUAAGGCACGUGCAUCAGUCAUAGCCGACCAAGCUCACAACCCACGAGGUGCACUGGGCGAAGGCGCCGACUUCAUGCGAGGACUGGAUGAGAACGAAAGACAAUUGUUCCGGGCUGCGCAUGACAGCGCCAAAGGUGUUCGCAACUGGAUGGCAGACCUAAAGAAAAAGUAGCUU